GCCAGGCACUCUGACACACAGCCAGGCACUCUGACACACAGCCAGGCACUCGGACACACAGCCAGGCACUCUGACACACAGCCAGGCACUCGGACACACAGCCAGGCACUCUGACACACAGCUAGGCACUCUGACACACAGCCAGGCACUCUGACACACAGCCAGGCACUCUGACACACAGGCACUUUGAGACAGGCACAGAGAGAGAGGAAGUAUAACACGCCAUGGAGUUUGGCAAUCACUGCGGUUGCUUAAGCCUUCUACAGUAGUAGUGUGCAGUGCUAUACAUCGGUGCAAAUACACAGCAGCAGUUGAGUAAAAUAUAGCUUGUCAGAACAUUGCACUGCUGUUCUUGUGCAAUGCCAUAGUCACGAUACAAUACUGUAGUGGUAAAUGUAGUAAGCAGUUAUUCGCGUACUCUAGAUCGAAAUUGGCAUUUUAAGCACAUUGAGUUCCAUUGGAUAAUAUAUUCGUUUUGUAACGGAGGUAGUGCGUGAAUACACGGGGAGUCGCACAGCUACCGAGGGAGAUCGACGGAGUCGCACACGGACAGAGAGAGAUUUAAAAGCAGCAAGUCUGUGAGCACGCAGAGAUACACAGCCACUGUAGGGGAAACGUGGCAGGCAAGAGGGGUUGCGCACACACACACAACUACAAGGCGGCAAGAGCCAUCAUGUUCUCCAAGAAGACCCACGGAGAUGCCAAGAAGUCUGCACAGAAGUUGCUGGACAUCAAGAAGGACGCGAUGACCCGACUCAAGCACCUGCGGGUCGUAUUGGCAGAAAACACUGACACGGCGGAUUUGAAGUUGUUCUUCGACACCAACUAUUCCCAGAUCUACUUUGUGUUCUUCGAGAACUUUGUCAGCAUCGAGGCCAACCUGAAGCAGAAAGCACACAAGUCUCAGAGGGAAGAGUUGGAGUCGAUUCUCUUUAUAUUCGAAAAAAUACUGCAACUCCUGCCCGAGAGAAUCCAGAACAAAUGGCAGUUUCACAGCAUAGGGUUAAUCUUAAAGAAGCUACUGCACACUGGAAAUUCCAUCAAGCUCCGUCGAGAGGGCGUUCGGCUCUUCCUGCUGUGGAUGCAGGCGCUGCAGCACAACUGCUCGGACGAGCUGCUGCUCAUGUACGCGUGCCUCAUUCCGGGCUUCCCCUUGCCCGCCGGCGAGCAGGGCGGCCGCUCGCUCGACAGCCUCAUCAACCCCUGCCUGGCGACAGCAGAAGGUGCUGCUUCUCUUCUUUCCGCAAGCCUGCUCUGGCCGCUCUCGCCUGCUUUCCUAGGGCCGGUGUGUGCAGAGGAGAUCACUCCUCUGGUGUCUCCGCAGUCCAAUGAGCAGAUACCGGAGGACCUCACCUGUUACCUGCUGGAAGUGAUGCUGAAAUACAUGGUAAUCCAGGCCAGAGGCUUGGAGUGGAAGAACAAGGAAAACCACGAGAAGGGGUUUGCCUUCCUUCUCAACAUCUUCAAGAAGUACUACCUCCCUUUCAUCUUCCCCUCCUUCUGCAAGGAGACCAGCUUGUACAGUCCCAACCUAGAGGUGCCGCUGCUGCGGGCGAAGCCGCAGUACGUGCAGGUGGGCCGUGACGUGCAGUUCAACGAGCCGAGCUACAGCACGCGCGAGCCCUUGCUGUCCGCCCGCGUGGUUCUCAUCAAGUGGCUCGUCAACUUCUGGCUGGAGUUGAAGCCGCCGUUGCUGUGUCCCGCCGUGCCGGAGGCCGAGGGCGAGUCGAUGCCAAAAAUCAUCCAGAGGGUGGCGGCUGGCCUGGCCGGGCGAGUCGGCGGAGAGAGCGGCGGCGGAGGCGGCGCGACGGGGGCCGGUGCCGGCAUCGCAGGCAAGGUGGAGACGGACAGCGCGGGCGAAGCAGAGCCCGGCAACUCGAACACGAGCACGCUGACGGAGCGCACGCCCAGCGUGUCGAGCCUGAGCAGCGCCACGGGCGCCGACGAGAGCCUUAGCGACUCGGAGGUGGCACGCAGCGUCCUCUGCUCCUCGCGCGAGAACGCCAACUUCGUCAGCGAAGUGUUCCGCCAGGCCUUCCUGCUGCCCUUCACCGAGGCCGCAGCCACACGCCGCGUGGUCAAGGUGUACCAGGAGUGGAUCCAAUCCCAGGAGAAGCCGGCGUUCAUGCGCGAGCCGGCGGUCUCGGCGCAGCCCAAGGAGGAUGCGGCGGCGGCGGCGGCGACCGGCGUGGCCGGCGCGGCCGGGGACGUGGAGCGAUCGCCGUCCGGCGGUAACAAGCCGGCGGAACGGGAGGAACAGCAGGCGAAGCAGCCGCGGGCAAUGGGGCACGAGCGCACCCCGAGCUGGACUCGAACGAACUCGUACCAGAACGCCAUCAACCGGCUUGAGGAGGGCGGCAGCGUACACGCCGGCAUGCAGCCCACUCUGCAGGUUUUCCUGACGCACUCGGUCAACGUGUUCCUGUUGGAGCCGUCCUGUGAGAUCUCCAGGCUGAUGAGCGAGCAGGUGGACUUGUGCAAGAGGGUCCUCAAUAUCUACCGCCACAUGGUGAUGUACGUCUCCAUGGAGAAGAGGACCUGGGAACAGCUUUUACAGGUUCUGCUGAGGAUCACGGAGAGCAUUUUUCAGUCCAUUCCUCCGCAAGGAUUACGACAGCGCACCCUAGCCGGGCGGCUGGCUGGCCCAGUUUUUCAGACGCUGAUCGUGGCGUGGAUCAAAGCGAGCUUAAGCGUGCAAGUCUCGCGGGAGCUGUGGGACCGGCUGCUGGAAGCCCUCUCGGGCCUCACGCGCUGGCCCGAGCUUGUGGCCGAGUGGGCCAAGACCAUGGAGACGCUGACCAAGGUGCUGGCUCGCCAGGUCUACGGCCUCGAUCUCGCCGACCUCCCGCUGGACAAACUCAGCGAGCAGAAGCUGAAGAAGCAUCGGGGACGAGGUGCUGGCCCCGAGGCCAAGAAGGCGACGGUCGACCGCUCCUUCUCCCGCAGUUGGAGCCGCGAUCAGUUCCCGGCUGGGUUCGCUCGCCGCCGAAGUGUGACCACCAGCGGAGCGUCUCCUGGCGGGCCAGGCAAGAUGAGCGGCGGCUACCACCCCAAAACCACGGGCCUGCCCAGCCGCCUCCCCGGCCUUGGAAACGGCGUGCCACCUUCACACGGCAUCCGCAGCGUUAAGAGCGCUCCUGUUCUCUUCUUCACUUUCACCCCUUUCUUCCCUGACUUCUUCCGAAACCCCUUCUGCGGAAGCCUCCGAGACGUGCCGGAGAUGGAGUCUCCCGGAACCAGCACGCGCGCACGCCACCACUCGCAGGGCGAGGACCGCCUCGCCGGGCAGCUGGGCACCGUGCAGGAGAACUCGCUCGUCCGCAGCAGCAGCGCCAUCAACAUCGCCAUGCAGGCGCACAGCACAGCCCAGCAGGAGGAGAAGCAUUCUCAUUCGCGCUCACGGAGUGCCGAGAGUCCCAGCGGACGGGAGGCGGGCAGGGCCCGCGAGUUGGAGACAAAGAGCCUCUUGGACUGCCACCACGAGGGGAAGCCGAGUGAAGCCAGCCCCUCGCGAUCGCCCGCCGCUGCUGCUGGUGCCGCUGCCGCUGCGGAGACGGGGGAUGGGCACGUGGAAGGGGCAGCGUUGAGGGCGGCGGGCUACCCGCCACAGUACGACCGCCACUCGUUCUUCGAAGAGGGAGAACACGCCGUCUCCGAUGCGCUGCCUGCUGACCACCUCAUCCAGUUCCCUACGAAAGAUUACAGCUUUGCAGGUGAUGGCUCUCCCCUUGAAGUGUCCUGUGCUGGGGAUGGCCUGGAGGAGGACAGAGCCAGCCUGAACACCAUGAACAUCGACUCAGAAACGAGCAGCCUGGGCCAGCAUAACCCAGCUGAGGCUGUGGCCUUCACGGGCUCUGAGAGCACGUCGCUGACUAACUCGGGCUCGUGCUCACGGUCGCACACACCGUCGCCCUCCCCCGACACGGAGCCCUGCGAAUCCAAGGACUCUCCCCCUGCUCUGGACGAGGGGCUCCACAAUUCCGUCCUGCAGCUCAACGGAGAACUGGACGACAGCGAGCUGGAAGACUGCAGCGUCAUCGCGGGAGGCACCAUGACGGGCUGGCAUGCUGACGUCGCCACCGUCCUGUGGCGGCGCAUGCUGGGUGCCCUGGGAGACAUCAACGCCAUUCCCGACCCCGAUAUCCACGCCCAGGUGCUCGACUACCUGUGCGAGCUCUGGGACUCGCUGGCCAAGAUACGCGACAAUCUGGGGAUAAGCCUGGACAACCAGUGUACGCCAGAACCUCCGGAUCUGAUCCCUCCUUUAACGAUCCUCACCCCGUGGCUCUUCAAGGCCACGACGCUGCCCGAUCAGUACAAGCAGGGCAAGCUGCACGCCUACAGACUGAUCUGUAAGAUCAUGAUGCGGCGGCAGGAGCUGCACCCUAGCACCGACUUUCUGGUCCACUUUUAUGCCGUCAUCCACUCCGCACUGCUCAGCUCCGACCAGGACGUGCUGAGCGUGGUGAUGAGGAACUGCUCGCCGCACUUCUUCUCCCUGGGGCUGCCGGGCUCCUCCAUGCUGCUGUGGGACUUUUUGCUCGCUGCCAGCCGCAUCGCGACCUCCCAGUCCUCCCAGGCCCCCAGGGCGGAGACGCAAAGCCUGCUCGGCUCUCUGGUGUGCUUCCCCAACCUGUAUGGGGAGAUGCCAGCGCUCCACCCAACUCUCCAUGACAUCACCCCGACCGACUGCGAGGGCCUCAAGGAACAGCUCGUGAAGCUCAUCCUUAAUGGAGCAAAAGAGGAACCAUCAGAAACGGCCAGAUGUAUCGCGCUGUGCAGUUUGGGAAUCUGGAUAUGCGAGGAGCUGGUGCAUUGUACACGGCAUCCACUAGUGACGGACGCCAUCCAUGUCAUCUGUGCUACUCUGAAGUUUUCUCACAGGUCUGUGGCUCAGGUUAGCUGCGACAUGCUGACUGUGCUUGCAAUGUACGCCGACGAUUUGCAACAACACAGCGAAGAGCUGCCCUCUAUCAUCGUGCAGGCUCUGGUUUCCACGAUCACGCAGCUGUUGCCCGUCACUGAAAUUUCGAGCCAAGAGGAGGAAAAAAAGCCGACCUUCCAGCGCAUGGUGUCUCUGCUGCUGUGCUUGCUGGACUGGUGCAUGGUGCUGACGUUGCCAGCUCUGCUGCAGCCGGCGGCUGCGUGCGGAAGAGACCCCGGGGAGAGGCGGCCCUCGCUGCUCAGCUCCGUGUUCAAGGUGCUGCACGGCUGCGUUCACGGAUCGGCGGCGUUCGCGCAGCCCGGCUACGCUCCCCUGGGACCGGCAGAGGCGCCGGCCUCGGCAGGGCAUGACACGCAGGCCUCGCCGGAAGACCGCAAGGAUCGCUCCGAGGGCCUGGCCGAGCAGUCUGCGUCCGUUGCCUGCGCUCCAGGCUCCGAGGGCAGCGAGCAUGACCCCGUGCCCCUGGCGGCUUGGACCGUGAUGGUGCACCUGCUGACUCACCUGGGCCACUACCCCAUGGGUGGCGGGCCCGCACUGCUGGCCAGCCUGCUGACGGAGGGCCACGAGAACCCCUGCGUGAGCGGCGCCACCGGCGCCGGUGGCGACGACUGCAUCGGCCCCGAGCUCUUCUCAAGCCCCAACCUGCAGCUCUUCGUCCUGUCGCACGCCGACAGCGGCGGCGGCGACUCCCUCCUGUCAUUCGUCCAGUUGCCGCUCUCUCCGGGCAGGAGCUCGGAGCUGGCGGGGCUGCAAACUCCGGCCUGCGACGUGCGCUUCAUCGCGCGCGACGUCUCCGGGAAGUACACGUGGGACAGCACGCUCCUGUACGGCGUCGCCCAGCCCGACGGUGGCCUUGCCGAAGGUGCGUUUGGAGGCACGCCUCCUGCGGGCGGCGACUGGACCAUUCGGGAUCCAGCGCCUGGAGGCUCCGAAGCGAACGGUGGGCAAAGCGAGCGUGCGCCUGCGAGCGGCGGAAACCGCUUGCCGACGUACGACUCCCUGGAAGGCGGAGAAGAUGCCCUGGACAGUUUGCUUCGCUACGUCGGACAGAGCAGCCCCGAGUGUUUGCCAGGACCCGGGCUGCCGCUUCACGUGCCCUCCGUCGACCCGCCCGCACCCCUCGCCGAGCCUGGGGACGAGACGCUAUUUAUGGAGUGCCUGCGGAGGCAGAGCCAGGCAGAGAGGGCACACCUGGCCGGGGAGGGCCAGCUGACGGUCUCCUCUUGCUCUGCAAAUGCAGCCGCUCCACAGACAGAGCCCGAGCCCACGGAGCCGUCCUCCACUUUCUACUAUUGCCGCCUGCUGCUCAACGACCUUGGCCUCCUCUCAUGGGAUAAGAGAGGAAGCUUUGACCUGCUGAAAAAGAAUGAAAAGCUUUUAAGGGAAUUGAAAAACUUGGAUUCUCAAUACUGCCGAGAGACGCACAAAAUCGCCGUGUUGUUCGUCGCGGAGGGACAGGAAGACAAACACUCCAUCCUGUCGAACGCCGGCGGGAGCCAGUCCUACGAAGACUUCCUCGCCGGACUGGGCUGGGAGGUGGAUCUGACGAGACACUGUGGCUUUCUCGGGGGGCUACAGAGGAAUGGCAGCAAUGGGCUCACUGCUCCAUACUACGCCACCUCCACCGUGGAGGUCAUCUAUCACGUGUCGACGCGCAUGCCCUCCGACACGGACGACGCGCUCACGAAGAAGCUCCGCCACUUGGGCAACGACGAGGUGCACGUGGUGUGGUGCGAGCACACGCGGGAGUAUCGGCGAGACAUCAUCCCCACCGAAUUCAGAGACGUCCUCAUCGUGAUCUACCCCCUCCGUGGCCACACGUUCAGAAUAUGCAUCAUGAAGAAGACGGAGGUGCCAUUUUUCGGGCCCCUGUUUGACGGCGCGAUCGUAGGCAAGAAGCUGCUACCGGGCCUGGUCAGAGCCACGGCCAUCAAUGCCAGCCGGGCACUCAAGCGACGCCUCCCUCUCUACCGGAGCUUCUACGAAGAGCGGUCGCGGUACCUGGAGGCCAUCGUGAAGCAGCAGCGGGAGGUGAGCACCUUCGAGGACCUGGCUGCGCAGGUGUACAGCCCCGCCAUGUGCCGCCCGCUCUCGUGUGAAGCAGCGAACGAGCACGACACCAGCCGAGAGGUGGACAGCCCCGCUGAGGAGGCAGACUGCGCCGAAAGCGUCUCCAAGCAGGCCCACGCGCAGCCCUUCGGCAAGCACCGGCGCACGGGCAGGCUGCGCCGCAUCACGGGCGCGGUCGGGAAGUCCUGACGAGCCUCCGCCGCUAGCCUGCACGACACCCACGGCCGCUGUUGCCCGCAAAACCGGCGUGGCCGGUUCUCCCCCUCUUGCGUUUCCGUCCGGUCUCUGCGCGGCAGGUUUGCGGUGCUGAAGGGAGCGGGGGAGGGGAGCGGGGGAGGGGGCCCCCCUUUCCCGGGCUCGUUUGUUGUUUUUUGCGUGCGCGUUAGCUUCCGUUUCUGAAUGAUUAAACAUAUGAAGUAAUUUUGGUGCGCAUUUUUAUUCUUCUGCGAGAAAUCUCCUUUACGAACUCUAUUUCCGUUGAUUGUAAGAUGUACAUUCCAGCUGUCUUCCUUUAUUUUUUUACUUUUAUUAAAAUAAUUCGUACCAAAGCUAAGCAUAUAUUGCCUUUUUUUAAGAGUAAAUUAUUUUAUGGUAAGCAAACCACUAAAGCGUAAUUAAUAAUGCAUACUCAUUCAAGUUGGCAAUUACAUCAUAUUUAUGUGUCGGUAUAACCCAUCUUUGUGAUUGUCUCUAGUCAGUGCACACUGUGUAAGCAGCGUUUGAUAGUUGCACUGGGGUUUAUUGUUCAGCACCAUGGACAGUGGCACUCUUAAGGCUGGUCCUUUAUAGCUGCAUACAAUCUUUUGUUUCGCUCGUCAGUUUUAUCAAACCACCCGAAUCGCUUUUUUGCCUUAUAUAUAUCUAGUACUAAAGCAAUGUGUGACUGGGCAUAUCACGUGUCACUUUCAUUGGGUUACAGAGUCGGCGAGAAGUAAAUUAAAGAUUAAAACCAAUAAUAAUUCAUCCCAAACAUGUGAACCAUUCACCACCGCUCAAGCUGUCACAUGCAAGGCUCUGUGUCUUGUGGUCCUUGUGACACAUUGUCCGUAUUUGCAUUGUCCGUACAGAAGGUGUCUGAUUAGGGGUAAGAAUAAUGGAAUGUGCACUUUUAAAACGAAUUAACUUUUCUUUAUUCGCAAUAUUUAUUUCCUUCCGAUAGUAGAUUAUGUCGUGUGAUAUACCAGAAUAUCAACUACUCUACGUACACUAAAGCAAAUGAGCAGACUGUUUCAAUUAACAAAUGUCUUUAUUGUUAAGAUACCUUAAACUGUGUGCAAGCUCUGCAGAAGGAUUUACGCACAGUAUGUUUUCUAAUAAAUAUGAAGUAUCUGAAAUGCAAUAAAAAAAACAACUUGGUCACAUGA